ACAGUUCUAUAUACUGGCAAUUGAAGAUGGCUGCUUUACUAUCGGAUGACGAUUUUCAGCGAUUACAAACUCAGUUGUUGGAUUUAAGAUCAAAAAACUACAGCCUAGAGGAAACAAAUCAGAAGCAGCAUAAUGAACUUGGACAACUACAACAUAAAGUAGAUGAUCUGGAGAAAGAGCUCAGUAAGGCACAGAAGGCCAUUAAUCGCAGUAAGAAAGCAAAAGAUGUUGAACAGCUGUUACAAGAAAAUGAAAGCCUCCAGUUGAAGCUUCAGAGUCAAGAGGAUGAAUUUCGUCUUCAGAAUUCAACUCUCAUGCAGGAGCUGGCUUCUGUAAGUUUAGAAAUUCAACAACAAAUA